CGGUUUCAUCGUGCCUAGAGCUAGGCGGCACGAGUUCCAGCGUCCACUGUCAUUCGGCACGUCCUCGAAAUGCGUCUCUUUUUCCCGGCGUUAUCACAUUUCCGGAACACGUUUGCAUAGGGUCGCAUGUGCCAGGCGACUCGACUGGCGGGUGUUCGUAUCCGAAUUGAGAAGUGUUUUAUGCUUGAGAUCCUUGGGUUUCUUGCAGCGCGGAUCUCCUCGUUUUUCCGUUUGUAUUACUCACGUGCUGGGAGUAUGGCUUCAAACUAUUCUGGCGGAAGUGCGCCAUACCGCGAAAAGAGAGAAACGAACAGGCGCGCUGUCGUGUCGUCACCCCCUGAGAGGUGAGACACCAGGACGUCGAGGACUGAGAAUCUCUCAGGACAAGGCGGUCUGUCUUGUCAUUUUCAACCCCCGCUUCCUUGCAAACAGUUGAGGCCGCUCCCUAUCUCCAAACCGCGGGAUCCAGCGUUUUUGUUCACUGUCUUUCAACGUCUUUGGAAAAAAACGAUAAUUAUGCCACAGAGUGUAAGGGCCGCAAUCUCUAGUCGCGCCAGAGGUCGGUGGUGACGCUGGACGAGAGCGGGCCCGCUUUUCUUCGCUGCUUUUUGCAGAUGAAGUUGACAGCAAUUGUCACUGCUUUCCGACUUGCUUCUCUCCGGUGCCAUCUGUGUGUCUUCUUUUUGUUCACCGGGUAACAACCGUAACGGACAAAGACUCAAUUCUUGAAAGCGCGAUGUCUCCUCUGGGACCGCUCUUAACUCUUGGCCGCGAAGAGGAGAGUCAAGUACUGACGAACUACAAAGGAAGGCUGCAGCUCCUCGGCGUCUGUGGCUCCCUUUAGACGCAUGUCUUGCCACUCUACAUCUCUACUCCCGCGUCUCUUCCAGUCGGCUACGGAGAUCUUUCGUCUGUUUAUUGUUCUCCUGUCUCGUCCUUCCUUGUCGCCGUGACAGUCAGGAGACGGCUCUUUCUUGUUCUGGCCUCACUCUUUGGCUCCGAGACUGACCCUGGUCUGGUCGCCUCGUCUCUGAUUUGCUAAACCCUAAACGUGGGUCACCUUGAAAAUCCCGUUGUCUCGUCCACAGCGAUUUUCUGCUCAGAGUCUGUAUUUUCUGUAGCACCCACACGGCCAAGAGGAUCCGCAAGGAGGCAGACUAGGAGGCUCACAGACACAACUUUUGACUUCGGCGUCCAGCUCUUCUCUGCCACACCCUCUGUCGCGUGCUCCGCCCCCUCCGAUGUUUUCUCUGACGAGGAAGACAGCGUAUUUCUCUUGUUUUCAAGUUAUCUUCACAUCUUCAUGAGUGUCUCAGUUUUCCUGACGCUCUUCUCACCUGAUUUGUCUCUUUGCUUUCACAGUACCAGUGUCGUCUCUGCCUUUUUCGCCGCCUUUCUUCCCUGGCUCGUGUGUUUUCCUACGCAAGUCGUCUGCAAGCUCUAUCAACCCUGAACACCACGCCCUGAAGGAAAUACGCCGAAGCUCAAAUUGGGGUUUGAUCCCGUCCGCAGGACGCGGAGUCGCCUCCGAGUUUUCAUCGCAACAACUGUGUAUGGUGGCGCCACUUGUUUUCCCAGAAUUCGCGGAGAACCCAGGCGGAGCACGUCGCUUUUCUGUGCGUGCACGACAGAAACCGUACCCAAGCGCUGCGGCGGCGGCUUCGCUUGACGCACUUGCUCUUGCCGGGGUGGUUCGUCUCGGGUCGAUUGCCGCGAGAUGCAGGUGCACACUCUCCACCUGCUAGCCGGAGCGGCGAACCAAUUUUUUGUCGCCUUAGUUUUCCUCGUGUUUGUCGGGCGCUCUGCAAGUGCAAGUCUGCAGCGGACGCGGUGUGGCACCCCGGUCUAAAGUGAACGGUCCUCCAAACGCAUAUUGAAGUCUUGUUGUCGCGUUUUUCGCGCCUCCUGCUUUCUGGACGAAUAUCAUCCACUUCUUGGAACUCUCUAGACUUCCACAUUUUCUCUCCAAUGAUCCUCGACGCCCAACCUUUGGACGAAGGCGCCGCGAUCCCGUCCCUAGUGGGGGGCGGCGACAACGCCGGUGUUGUCCCUGUCAAGUUGGCCGGAAAACUCGAGGAACUGACUCACGUGCCCCAGUGUGAGUUGCUCGGUGAAUUCGGUGGCUUCGGCUGGUGGCUUCAGGGUGUCCUCGCUGUUCUCUCUUUCUCGUCGCUCCUCAUCAAGCGCUGGAAGGAAAAGCCUCGAAGGCCUAUAAAGGUCUUUUGCUUCGACACUCUCAAGCAGAUCACGGGUUCUGGAGUUCUACACAUUCUCAACUUGAUAUUUGCGUCCCUCUUAUCAUCUGUCUCAACCGAGGACUCAGACCCCUGCGAGUGGUACUGGCUGAACAUCAUGGUCGAUACAACGCUGGGUGUCUACGUCCUGCAUCUCCUAGUCGAGUGGACGAGCAACUGCUGGAAGUUGAGUGGAAGCAAUGCCUUCGGCUACUACGGAAAUCCGCCUGCGUGGCGCGCGUGUCUCUGGCAAGUUCUCGUCUGGCAGAUCAUUGUCUCGACCAUGAAGCUGCUCAUGGUCCUUGUCAUGGUCGUCGGCCAAAGACCCCUCACUUGGAUCGCGGCGGCGCUUCUGAAUUCUCUGGACGACCAACCUCGUACUAAGCUGGUGGUGGUUAUGGUGUUGACGCCUCUUACCAUGAACACUUUUCAGUACUGGAUUACUGACAACAUCAUCAAGAGGAAGCCGAGAGCAAGCUACGAGCACCGAAUUUCUGAAUGGCCACAAGGACGAGAGACAUACCAUCCGGUAGAAGCUGUCGGUCGCGAUGAGAGGAUAUCUUCGACCUCUCAGGACAUCUGCCUAGAAGACAAAGCAUGAUUUGAGGCACACGCACGACUCUCCUCCUAUGGGACUGCAUAAUCGUGCUUGUUAACAAUAAUCAUACACAAUAUAUAGAUGUAUACACGCGUUGUUAGUGAGCAUCGAGUUUCUGUGUCCGCGAGCCUCGAACUCCUGGGUGAAAGAAGGGUCUCAAUAUGGGCAGGCACUGAUGCACGACUCAUCAAAAGGGAGAGACACAGGAGAUAAGAAACCGGGGAUCGUCACGGCAUACAACAAACGUAUCUUCAAGUAGGAAGAAAGAGGUUCGUGUCUUUCGUAACGGAUGCAGUGUAUGCCACGGUGUAACGACCGAUAACCUGAGGGAAUAAACAGGAAACCGCGUAUGCUGCAAAAGUGUUUAGGUUUCAGUUUUUAUGUUGACGUGCAUCUCUUUUUUUCGUAGCCAUCUGGUAUGAUGAGAAGGUACCGCUGCUCCCGUGUGAGGCGAGGUGUGUGAGAAAGGGAAUUCCCCUGAAGGCCGCUCUGUGUGUUCCGGUAGGCAGCGCACAUCCAAACGACAAAUGGUCGUUCUAUCCUGACUUCCACAACAAUAGUGGCUGGGUAGGGGCGAAUGUGGUCGUCUUACACCGUCGGCAUUCGUACAAGGCCGUCUUCUGUGUGGAGCACUUAAUGGUCACAGCCUUUUUUCCCGCUGCCUCGAGAAGACGAACGAGCAGGGAAAUCAACUUUAGCGGAAAGCACAGAGAAGAAAACCUAGAGCAAACUGGCGGUGAGUACGGCCUAUUACGAGUGAGCCACACAGUGCGCAAAUUAUAGAGUGAGACGUCACAGCGUUGCGAACAGACGUGAAGCGAAAGACGGUCGAAACCUAACAAAGGUCCGACAACCUUUCGCAGUCAGACAGAAAGUGAGGGCAGGACUCAAAAACUGCGUCAGCAAAGCAGGAAAAAAGCAACAUGUGAUGGUGCUUGCUCAGUGUACUCCAUUGACAGUGCUGACAUCUACGCCUACCCAACGGCUCAUUUGUAAAAGAUUAAAUAUCUUGUUUCCGACAAUUGCUUGCGCGCAGACCGAAUGGCGGGAAUCAAAGAAAACAAAUGACCACCGGAAAUAGAUAGGCUGUGCUACGUAUACAUUUGAAUGGGAACAUGUGUAUGUAUAUGCACUGUUUAUACCUAGGCACUUGCGCGAACGCUACAUAUGGGCGCGUGUAUUCAUGUUUUUGCGGCCGAGUUUUGUUAACUUCUUUGCGGAUUGAGAACGAGCUCAUAGAGCUCUUUCUUGUAAAAACACUUCCUGAAAGCAUGUCCUGC